AAUGAAUAAACAAGAGGACAAUGGUGCCUCCUGUCGGUGAGCAGUAAGGUUGUUAUAGCAACCAUUCGUUUACUGCUAUCAGCUGUCUAGCAACGCGAGUUUACGGUACACGCUCAUUCAGAUCUGAACGAUGUCUCGGAUGAUGGGACCCCCUAAUAAAUUUCUGCCCCCUGAGUGGAAACAUGCGAACCAGAUAAAUUACAGAAGAUCAGAGGAAGAGCGAGCACGAUCCGAAAAACUGACAGCAGAAUGUAAACGACUCAUUGAAGAGAGCAACAAAUCCACCAAACGCAUGCAACAGGAUGCACAAAAGAGCUUGGAACAGAAACUCCAAGACAUCAAAUUUUGGAGGCAGGAACUUGAGCAGAGGUUUGAGGAGAUGGUGCAGGAGAUCGAGACCCUCAUCAUCUUUAAGAGUCGUGUGGAGAAAGCUUUGGGCAGCUGCUCUGAGCCUCUCCAAGUUACUCUGCAAUGUAUGACUGAGAGACAAAAGCGGGUGGGCAUUGAUCUGGUGCAUGAUGAGGUAGAAGAGGAGCUUUUGAAGGAGAGAGAGGUGAUUGAGGGUGUGAUGGUCCUCCUGCAGCGCACCCUUGAGCAGAUCAAUGAACAGAUCAGGCUCAUACGUUCAGUGAAAUAUUAUUUAGAAAAGGACCUAAAGGACAAAUUUCAAGCUGAGUGCAUUGAUGAUUUCUGCUCUCUGCUCACUAACACAUCACCUAAUGUAAGCGGAGGGAAUCCGGACUUAAGCAGUGUUGGAAUGAUGGUAACCCCUGAGGAAUGGGAGAGCCUCUGCAACAUUAACAUUGACAAAGCGGAGAAGGAAAAGAACAACUCCCACUCACUGAGAGCUCUCGUGGAAAGCCUGCUGGAGCAGACGGCUGCAGAUCUGCGCAGACAGCACGAGGCCACGGACAGAGCACUGGAGCUGCGCAUACAGGAGACCAAAACAGCCAAAGCAGAGCUUGAGAACCAGCUCAAUGAGCUCCUAACAGAGACGGCGAGCCAAGAGAAAAAUCUGGAGGAUCUGCGUGUGGCUGUCGCUGAGAAAGAAGCUCCACUCAAGGUAGCUCAGACUCGGCUGUCUGCCCGCAGUCAGAGACCAAACGUUGAGCUCUGUCACGACCCCGCUCACACCCGACUUCUGGCCGAGGUCAAGGAGCUCGCUGACCAUGUCGAGAGACUGACCGAGGCAGUCGAUCUCUCCGAGAUGGAACUGAAAGCUUUAGCAGGCCGACAGUUGAUCCUAGAAGAAGAGAUUCAGGUUAAGAGCAACUCCGUCUACAUAGAUGAGGUGAUCUGUCGACAGCUGCGUGAAUCUGUCAAUAUUCACAACUACUGAAUGGAUCUUAUACAUGAAGAUGAUGCGCUGUUGUUGAUGUUUUGGAAAGUCGUAAUGUGAGGAUUUUAUUUCAAUAAAAAGCUGUUGUUGUGCAUCGGG